AUGGACAAGAUUAAUGCCGAAUGGGCAAAAGAUAUCCCUUGCAGAAAUGUCACCAUUUAUGGAUACUGCAAGAAGAUUAAAGAUGGUUGCCCCUUCAAACACAGUGAAACAGAUGAGCCUGCUGCAGAAAUACAGGAGCCUGUACCAGUACAGCAAUCUCCAGUGGCCCCGGUCCCAUCUUUUAGUCGUAAGUUUAAUCCUAAGAGUUCUGCCAGUUUCACUCCUAUGUCUUCUAAGACUCCCGAAUUGGCAGCUGUGUCAUCUUUUGAACGUUCAUCAAAUCCAUCUUCACCAGCACCACCGGCAAGCAUACCCAAACCAAUGAACUCCCCAUUGGCUUCCCAGAGUUCUAAUGCUUCAUUCCCACCCCAACCUUUUUAUUCCUAUCCUGCAUCCUCCUCGAAUGGCACUUUAUUAAAUAAUACAAUCUUACCGGAUGGAAUUUCUCUUCAUGAUCCAGCAUUUCCUUUGACACAGAUAGAUAAGACUAUGUUAGCAAACGACCCAAACCUUCCGUCUGCAAAUGUACCGUUACAAUUUUCAUCUUCACCUGCUUCAAAUAUUCAUCAGCAGAUGCUUAACGAAAAUAACAUUAAUAACAACAAUAGUAGAUACCCCUCGAUAUACCCACCACCGCAUAGUAUCUUACAAUAUCAUUUGUAUGCCCCUGAUCCACCUCCUCAAUUAAGAUUACCAUUGAAACCAAAUGAAAGAACUCCUGAAACAUUAUUUAUUCCAAAUGAUUUAAGAGAACAAUUAGUCAAGAAAAAUCUUGCAUCAUUACAAAUCUUUCCUUCAGGUGGUGCCAUUCCUGAUAUUGUACAAGAUUAUUUUGGUUUAGUACCAUUGGAUUUCCAUCAAAAGGAAGUUACCAAAGAUCGUUAUCAAGGCCAUAAGAAUUCUCUUUAUAAAGUAUUCUCAAACUUAGAUGGUAAGGUUUAUAUCUUACGUAGAAUCCAUGACGUUCAAAUAAUGGAUCCUCAACAAAUUGCUAAACCGUUCCAAAAAUGGAAUAAUUUGGAGUGUAAUCAAAUUGUCAAAUUAAGAGACUUAUUUUUAACUACUAAAUUUGGAGAUUCUUCCUUAUGUUUAGUUUAUGAUUUCUACCCACAAGCGAACUCUCUAUAUGAACAUCAUUUUACUAAUUUCCCUCUAGUACCAAUAACUCAGGAUUACUUAUGGACUUACCUUGUUCAAUUGACCAACGCAAUAAAUGUUGUACAUUCGAAGGGUUUCUAUAUUGGAUUAAUUGACUGGGAUAAGAUUAUUGUCACGGGAGAUCCAGGUAGAAUUAAGCUAUCAGGUUGUGGUGCAAUUGAUGUAUUAGGCGCCAAUGAAGAAUUGGAUUUACAUUCCAAACAGCAAAUGGAUUUUGAAAACUUGGGACAAUUAUUGUUCAAAUUGGCUUCCAAAAUAGGAAAUAAUGCUAACGCUAAGAUUGAUGAAUUAUCCGUUGAUGAUCAAUUUAAAACUGUGCUACAAUAUUUAUUAAAUGAUACAAAUGAUAGGAAAACCAUUAAUGAAUUAUCUCAGUUAUUUAUUGAUAAGAUAUUAUCCAAUGUAGAAUCAUCUCAAGGUUAUGCUGAAUAUACCGAAGGCAUUCUUUCAAGAGAACUAGAAAAUGGAAGAUUAUUUAGAUUGAUUUGCAAAUUGAAUUUUAUUUUCGGCAAGAUUGAAUCGAGAGUGGAUAUCAAUUGGUCCGAAUCAGGUGAAAAAUUUCCAAUUAUUCUGUUCUAUGAUUUUGUUUUCCAUCAAGUUGAUGAAACGGGGAAGUCUGUCAUGGAUUUAACUCAUGUUCUAAGAUGUUUGAAUAAGUUGGACGCAGGUGCUCCUGAAAAAUUGAUAUUAGCUACCCCCGAUGAAAUGAAUUGUAUUAUUAUCAGUUACAAAGAGUUGAAGGACUUGAUAGAUACAACUUUUAGAUCAAUGACUCAAUAA